UUUGGCGGUCGCGAUGACUAGACUAACACUAAUGUAACUGUGUUUCUACAUUACUAACGUUGCGUCAUUUAACCUGUUAAAGCUAGCUAAAAGGUGAUAUCGUUAACCAGUCGUUAGUUGGUUUGCUAAAUUAGCCAGUGAUUUGAGCCUGUGGCAACUGCAUUUUUACUGUAUUGUUGCGAUAUUCAUCAAUACAUUCUCAGUGAUAUCCAAAGAAAACGUCACGUACGAAAACGCAAGGUGCUGAACUUCACGUGUCUCUUCUUCAGACCCAAGAGAGUACAGGACAGGCAGUGGACCUUCAAUUUGUGGGAGAACUGGGUAAAUGACCUCCAACAGUUUUGAAUUUCGACAAGCAUCUGUGGAGAAGUAAGGACAUGAGUAUAAUGCUGCUCCCCAAGAUCCUGGGAUGUGUGUGGAUUUUGUGCCUUUUGUCCCCGGAAAUACACGGACAAUGCUCAAAGCCAGACCUCAGUGAUAACGUUGUAUUGGUUGGUGCCACGUUUGAAGAAGGUUCUUCUGAAAAGCUCAGUUGUGUCCCAGGGUAUGCGCCUCUAACAGGGCCGCCAAGAGUAACGUGUCAGGGCGGCAAGUGGAACCCAAAUCCACAGGACUUCACGUGCAAAAAAAAAUCCUGUGGUAACCCAGGGGAUUUGCGUAAUGGCGGAUAUGACACGACAGGAGGAAUUGACUUUGGUUCUACUGUCACAGCCAUUUGCAAUGAGGGGUACCAGUUGUUUGGAGAAAGCAAAAGAUCAUGCUUGGCAGAUGGGACCUGGGAUGGUCAAGAGCCCCGUUGUGAAGCGGUGAAAUGCGGCCGUCCUCCAUCAAUCGAGAACGGCGGACCGGGGUCAGCCCCAGAGGAACAGUAUGACCAUGGCAGUGUGGUGCGCUACGUCUGUAAUGACGACUACACCUUAUUUGGAGAACGUGACUCAAUUUGCAAGAAUGGGGACUGGACUGAAGCUCCCCGAUGCAAAAAGGUGCAGUGCACGAGGCCAGUCAUACCAAAUGCCAAACGUGUUCAGGGAGGAAGUGGUCCCUAUGGCUACAAGGAUACCCUCACAUACGAAUGCAACAAGGGAUUCGAGAUGGUAUCUGGUGAAGCCAGAAUAGUCUGUGAGGAGAAUGGUUGGUCUUCCACGCCAAAAUGUGAAGCCGUCCAACCUGCCAAAACCACUCCACGGACACCAGUGAAGGAAACCACCACAUCUAAAGUGAUUCAAUCUUCUGCCAAAACUACCCCAAGAGUGUCAACAAAAGCAACCACCACAUCUGAAGACCUCCUGGGCCAAAAAGACUCAGCUCAUCGUGCCCAUAGCUCACUGUGGAUUGUGUUGGCAGUUGUGCUGGCAGGAAUGGCCGCCCAAAAUGGGCAGUUCUCCCUGAUCCAGUAAGCUUGUUCUUGUAUGUGUGAGUGGGUGAAGAGGACUUGAAUUAGGUGUGUCCUGUGAGAAGAAUGUAUUCUGGGCCGCCCUUCCUCCAAGUCUUGCCAGCUUCUGAGAAACGGUUCUCUCUGAACUCUGAAGCCCUUAAAAGACUACUGCACUACACGGAGGCCUUUUUGAUUUUGGCUAUCUUUGAGUGCAAUCUAAUGAUCAUAUUAAUGUGUUUUUAUGUUUAUUUAUUUUCAAUUGUAUUCAUUAUUUAAAGUGAAGUAUUUAAAUUGUUAUUUUGAAGAUGACAAAUUACAAAAUGGAACUGGAAUAAUUCAAAUGUUUAUUAAUAUGGAAAAUGACAGAGAUCCAACGCAUUUAGCCACUAAACCACUUAGCACAUUUUGCACUUGUUGUUUGCACAAUAAUAAAAUUUAGGGUGGGAAAAGUUGAAUUAAAUUUGUUUAAGCGCUAUGCCAUAUGAAGGAACAGUAUUGUGGCCACAUGACUGCUUUGGGCAAUUUAUCUAUCUUGCUGCCCCAAGUCAAAUUACCAAUAAAAGUACUGCUUUCACAAAA